AUGGCGCUUCGACGCAUCCAAAAGGAGCUGAAAGAUCUUGAACGCGAUCCCCCAGCAAACACCAGUGGCGGCCCCAUCAGCGAGAAUGACCUGUUUAACUGGAAGGCGACCAUCAUAGGGCCAGAGGACUCGCCGUACGCCGGUGGGCUCUUCUUUCUUAAUAUCCAUUUUCCCUCUGACUACCCGUUCAAGCCGCCGAAGCUGCAGUUUACGACGAAGAUUUACCACCCGAACAUCAACAACAACGGCGGCAUCUGCCUCGACAUUCUGAAGGACCAGUGGUCGCCCGCCCUGACCAUCUCAAAGGUGCUGCUCUCAGUCUGCUCGCUGCUGACUGACCCGAACCCCGACGACCCGCUUGUCCCCGACAUUGCCCGACAGUACAAGUCGGACCGCAACGCAUUUAACAAAACAGCGAUGGAUUGGACCCGUCAGUACGCCAUGUAA